ACGUGACGGAUUUCUGCCUUCACGCAAUCCACGUAAGUCUGACCCAGGUUGUUUGAGUUUCUCAUGGAGUAAUGAUGGCACCUUAUCCAGAAGAGGUGGAUGUAUUUACUGGCCCACACUGGCGAAUGAAACAGUUGGUGGGUCUUUACUGCGAGAAGCUGUCGCAGACCAACUUCUCCAACAACAAUGACUUCCGCUCAUUCCUCCAGUCGCUCUGUGCCACCUUCAAGGAGUUCAAGAUGCAUGAGCAGAUCGAGAAUGAGUACAUCAUCGGGUUGCUUCAGCAACGCAGCUGCACUGUGUACAACGUACACUCUGACAACAAGCUCUCGGAAAUGUUGUCCCUAUUUGAGAAGGGGCUCCGCAGUGUAAAGAGUGAGCACGAGCAGCUGAACUAUGCCCGGCAGCUGAAGGAGAGGCUGGAGGCCUUUACACAAGACUUCCUGCCUCACAUGAAGGAGGAGGAGGAGGUGUUCCAGCCCAUGCUGAUGCAGUACUUCUCCUACGAGGAGCUGAAGGACAUCAAGAAGCAGGUGAUCGCCCAGCACUGCAGCCCGCAGCGCUGCGACUCUGCGGCCGAGGUGCUGAAAGGCCUCAGCUUGUGGAGCCAGGCGGAGGAGCUGCACAAGGCCUUCAAAUACUCCGACCACGAGAAGACGGACGAUGAGCUGGAACACGGCGCGUCGUCCACUCACGUGUCGGCGCUGCCCUCCGAGGUGCUGCUGGCGCUGUUCCGCUACCUGGGGCCUGACGACCUGUGCCGCUGCAGCCUGGUGUGCAGGACGUGGUGGGAGCUGACCAGGACGGGCUUCCUGUGGAGACACCUGUACCCUGUACGCUGGACCAGAGGAGACUGCUACCGGGGCCCCCCGGCAGGGCUGGACAUGGAGCCGGACGAGGAGUGGGUGAAGAGCCUGCAGGACGAGGGGCGAGCCUAUCAGGAGCGGGACGAGGACGCAGACGUGGACGAGUCUGAUGAGUCCUACGAGGACUCCCUGGCGAUCCGAGCGGCCCAGCGGGAGAAGCAGCUGCUGAACGGGAUGAUCCAGAACAUUCUCCCGGCCGUGGGGCCCUCUGUCAGGACUGUCGUCCUGGCCUACAGCUCCACCGUCUCCAGCAAGAUGGUGCGUCAGAUCCUCAGUCUCUGUCCAAACCUCACCCACCUGGACCUCACCCAGACGGACGUCUCAGACUCAGCCUUCGACAGCUGGUCCUCCCUGGGGGCGUGUCGGUCUCUGGAGCACCUCGACCUAUCAGGCUGUGAGAAGAUCACUGACCACGCCCUGAAGAAGCUGUCAGUGGGGCUGGGGGACCUGUCUCUUCCUUCGCCCUUCAAGAACCACUCCGACCGGCGCGCCAAGCUCCUCAAGGCCCCCCCUGCCCCCCUCCGCCUGCUUGAUGGGCGGGGCCAGGAUCCAGCUGGGCAGGGCUUGUGCCCGGAUGGGCGUGGCCUAAGUCCGGCUGGGCGGGGCCGAGCGGCGCUGAUCUUCAAGGGGCGUAGGGGCGCCCCCUCCCCCCCCACCCAGGUCUGGCUCCUGGACGCGGCGGAAAUGGCCGACAUUGAGGACGCCGCAGAGUGGAGCCGGCGAGGGAUGUCUGUCUCCGAGGGGCGGGGCUUCUCGGAGACGCCACCGGGGGGAGGGGCCUGCUGCUGCAAAAGCAGCAAGAGGCGGAGCCUCAGGACUGGUUAUGGCGCCCCCCUGUGGCCUGGUCAGCGCGGCCAGCUGUCCAGCUGCGGUCACUCAACAUGUUGCUCUGACACGGCCCUUAGGACUGGUGCCGGGCCGCAGUGUCAGUCCCCUGUCAUGGGGGGCAGCGGCGAGCUUCGGACUAAACGCUCCGCCGAGGAGCCGCAGGGCCCAGAGCCUGCUCCCAGGACUAAUCAAUCAGGAGGGAGACGUUCUCUGAGGUUCCUGAGCCUGUCGGGUUGCUAUCAGGUCACAGACCAGGGCCUCAGGGCUCUGUCCCAGCGCGGUGGCCUGCCUCUCCUGGAGCACCUGAACCUGUCAGGCUGUCUCCUGGUCACCGAGAGCGGCCUGCAGGACCUCGUGUCUGCCUGCCCCGCCCUCAACGACGAACACUUCUACUACUGCGACAACAUCCAAGGUCCCCAUGCGGACACGGCCAGUGGAUGCCAGAACCUGCAGUGUGGAUUCAGGGCGUGCUGUCGCUCUGGAGAGUAACCUCCCCUCAACCCCUUCCUCUCACCUCCCUCCCCUCACCUCCCUCCCCUCAACCCCUUCCCCCUUCCCAUCACCUCCCUCCCUUCAACACCUUCCUCUCAACCCCUUUCUCUCACCUCCCUCCCAUCCCUUCAACCCCUUCCUCUCACCUCCCUCCCUCUCCCCCUCUCCCAUUACCCUUGACCUCCAUCCCUCACCCCCCUCCACUCCCCUAACCCCUCAAUGCAGUCUCACCUCCUCCCUCAUUCCUCCUCCCUCACCAUUGUUUUUCAUUGCACUUUAAUAUUGGAAUAGUAUUUGCUGUAUUUUGUGUCACCCCUAUAAAAACUGUUAUUUUGAUGAAACUGUAACACAAGAUAAUGUUGGCUUUGUGUUGGGGGAAUUUACGUAUCUUGGAACCCUUAGAAAAGGAAGACAUAUAAAUGGUGGUGUUUGAUGAAGUAUCUGCCAAUGUAAAAUGUUUGCGUUUUUUGAUCUGGAAAUGUUUUUUGCUUUCAAGUGUUUCAGGACAGCUAACGUGAGCAGCGAGUACUCGCACGAUCCUCUAGUGAGUUUAACCAUGUGUCUGGCGACUGCAGUCUCCUGUCCUCCUCUGCUACGGUGUCUUAACCCAUUAUUGAUAUCUGACGUUUUAAAGUUAAAUGAUUAACUGAUUAAAGUAGCAGCAAUAGAUCCGGA